AUGAACGAGCGCGAACAUUUAUUAUCUCAUCAUCAUUUUGAUGAUGACAGAGAAAUCACUUUUAUAUCCUCCUUCAAGCAUACCAUGUGUUCUUCAAAGUUCAAUUGGUUAUUGGUCUUUGUACCUAUCGCUCUUAUUUUCUCGCACGCAUCCCCCAGUGUGGUCUUUACCUUGAAUUUCAUUGCCAUUAUGCCUCUUGCUAAGCUGCUUAGUUUUGCCACGGAAGAAAUAGCUUUGAGAUCUGGUUCUGUGAUCGGUUCGCUUUUGAAUGCUACUUUUGGUAAUGCAGUUGAACUUAUUCUUGGCAUGAUAGCUUUGAAAGAAGGCUUAGUUCGUGUUGUUCAAGCCUCUAUUCUGGGUUCCAUUUUAUCAAAUUUAUUGCUUGUCCUGGGUUGUUGCUUCUUGGCUGGCGGUAUUGGUUGCUCAGAGCAAUCCUUCAAUAGCACAGCCGCACAGACUUCCACUUCUCUUUUGGGUAUCACGUCUCUCUCACUAUUGAUCCCUGCCGCCUUCAGUGCCACAACCGGUAGAAAUGACCUUGAAGCUGAAAACGGUAUAAUUAAUUUGAGCCAUGGCACAGCCAUUAUUUUGUUGAUCGUUUAUGCACUAUAUCUUGUUUUCCAAUUGAAGACUCACACUGAAUUGUUCGAAGAUGAUGAGCCGGAAGAAGAAGAGCCCUCUACUACCCUUACUUUCUCUGUCAUUUCCUUGCUCGUCAUCGCUCUUUUCAUUGCUGUUCACGCUGAAUAUCUUGUCGGCGCCAUUGAAGGUGUUGUUGAUGCUUGGGGCCUGAACGAAACUUUUGUUGGUCUGAUCAUUUUACCUAUUGUUGGCAAUGCCGCCGAACAUGUUGGUGCCGUUACAUUUGCCAUGAAGAACAAGAUGAACUUGUGUAUUGGCAUUGCCGUUUCUUCUUCCCUUCAAAUUGGUCUCUUAGUUUCUCCCGUUUUGGUCUUGACAGGUUGGAUGAUUGAUGUUCCUAUGACAUUCUUUUUUGAGCUGUUCGAGACGGUCGUGCUGUUUGCCAGUGUUUUGGUUGUAAACUAUUUGAUUCAAGACGGUAAAUCCAACUGGUUAGAAGGUUCCUUAUUGUUGGCCUGUUAUGCUAUUGUAGCUAUGGCCUUCUAUUAUCAUCCCGUCGUUUAG